AAAAUAAAAGGGGAAAACCAUAAAGCUUCUUUCUCUCUUUUUCUCAGAGCCAAGUUUCUUCUUCAAUUUCUUCCGACUUUUCCAAGUUGGAAUUUUUUGGCUUGAAAUCCUUCGCCUGUUCUCUCCGCCGACGCUUCAUAACAGGAGAAAAUGCACCAAACUACCUUUGCGUUGAGUGGAUGACAAAUAUAACUGUGGGAUAUGGGAGGCUGCUGUUGUUCUUCUCGGAAGCCUCAUCUGCAUGGGACACCUGUAUAUUAUUAUUGUCCGCCUACAUUGGAAGAGAACGAGUCUUUAAGAGCUCACGAUGGGUCAGCCUCUACAAUGGCUGCAGUUCUGGUUAAUUUGAAUCUAGAAGUACCUGACACAUUUAGGCCACCUCCAGCACCUUUGCCAUAUGAUGGGGUCUUAGGGUGUCCAAAUUCAGCUGAUUCAGAGUCUUUCAAGGAAACUGUCAGUGGGGACAGUUUUCAGGCACUGCCUACAUGUGAAGAUCUUGAGGAAUCGGACUGUAGAACACAUUCUAAUUCUUUACUUCUUUCACCAAGAAAACCAGAAGCCACAACAUUAAUUGAAUCUAAUAAAACAGCAACGGAAGAAGAGGAUACAUGUCCUAUUUGUCUUGAAGAGUAUGAAGAAGAGAAUCCGAAGCUUGUAACGAAAUGUGAACAUCAUUUUCACCUCUCAUGCAUUUUGGAAUGGAUGGAAAGAAGUGACACCUGCCCUUUAUGUGAUCAGGAAAUUAUAUUUGAUCAGACUUUUGAUCAAUAACUCUUUAUUCAAGAUGGAAUUCUUUUGUUGUUUAAGAGUAAAGCUUUCCACUAAGGACAUUGCAGAUGCAUAUUAGGUUUUCGUUCUGCAGCUGGUCAGGCGUGUUCCCACAUAAUCGACUUUUACCUUUGUUAUAU